ACCUCUGCACAAAUUUAAGAGUCUCACAAAACAUGUUAACAAUCCCAGUUUGGGUUGCACAGGGAGGACUACUGAACUCCUGUUUCUAAGAGAGCUUUGUUGUGUUCAUAUAGACAGAACCAGACUGUUGGUGCCGGGGAAGGAAGCCGAUAUAAUACAGUCACAUAAAAGCCACAUUCGACACUUGCAAAGAGCUCAGAGAUGUGGAUCAACUGGUGUGUGGCUAUGUGCUUCUUAAAAUUGAGAUUCUCAAAUGCUGAGAUCACCCAGCCAUGGAGCCUGGUGUUGCAGGAAGACAAAACUGCACGGAUUGAGUGCGAACAAAAAUAUCAGCACAACGUCAUGUUCUGGUACCGCCAGGGUGCCGAGCCAGCUGCUGUCCCCUUUGAUGAUGACGACAAGAUUGUGGGAGGCUACACCUGCCAGGAGCUCUCGGUCCCCUACCAGGUGUCUCUGAAUGCUGGAUAUCACUUCUGUGGGGGCUCUCUCAUCAGCAGUCAAUGGGUCGUAUCAGCUGCUCACUGCUUCCAGUCUUUCCGCAUCCAGGUGAGGCUUGGGGAAUACAACAUAAAUGUCCUGGAAGGGUCAGAGGAGCUCAUUGAUGCAGAGAAACAAAUUCCCCAUCCCAAGUAUGACCCGGUUACCACAGACAACGACAUUAUGCUCAUCAAGCUGGCUACCCCUGCCAACCUGAACUCCCGCGUCCGAGCCAUUUCCUUGCCUUCAAAAUGUGUAGCUGCUGGGACCGAGUGCCUGAUCUCAGGAUGGGGCAACACCCUCAGUGAUGGAUUCAACUUGCCAGAGCUUCUUCAGUGCUUGGAUGCUCCCGUUCUAAGUGACACCGAGUGCAAGGAUGCCCUGGUGGGGCAAAUCACCCCAAACAUGAUAUGCGCAGGGUACCUGGAAGGCGGCAAAGAUUCCUGUGAUGGGGAUUCUGGUGGACCCAUGGUAUGCAAUGGGGAGCUCCAAGGAAUUGUGUCUUGGGGCAUAGGAUGUGCUCUGAAAGGUUUUCCUGGCGUAUACACCAAGGUCUGUAACUAUGUGGACUGGAUCCAAGAAACAAUUGCGGCCAACUGAAAGAUCCAUCCCUGUCUUUGGAUAUCUGCCUUUUCUUCUGUUUAAUUCAGCACCGUUGUGCUAAAUAAAGUCAGAUCAUGUGA